AUCAGGCAGGCUGCAACGCAGGAGCUGAGUUCGUGUAGCUCCAAGUCAGGAGAGAGAGAGAGAGCUGAAGGAGCAAAGCGACUUGCUGCCAACUUCAUCUGGAGCAUGUUCCUACACUCUGCAAGGCACAGCGCCAUACGCACCGCCAACUGCCUCUGAAAGCAGAACGUUUGCAAAGAGAAAUCAAAGAAGUUGACGGCCUGGGGGGGACAAGGGAGAGAUGCUGGACCCGGGCAUGGAGUUGUACCUGGCGGCGGCGGCGUUGCUGGUCGUGUUCGUAGCCCCGGGGCUGGGGCAGGAGAAGGACUACACGGUGCGGGAGGAGCUGCCCGAGAACGUGCUGAUCGGCAACUUGGUGCGGGACCUGAACCUCAGCGACGCCAACCUGCCGCUCGUCUUCAAGCUGGUGUACAAGACGGGAGACACGCCGCUGAUCCGGGUGGAGGACAGCACGGGCGAGCUCUUCACCACCUCGCACCGCAUCGACCGGGAGAAACUCUGCGCCAACAUCUACAGCGAAACCCGCUGCUUCUACGAGGUGGAGGUGGCGGUGCUGCCCAACGAGGUCUUCAAGCUGGUCAAGAUGCGGUUCCUGAUCGAGGACAUCAACGACAACGCUCCCCUUUUCCCUUCCACCGUGAUCAACAUCUCCAUCCCCGAGAACACCGUGGUCAAUUCGCGCUACUCCAUCCCUUCCGCCGUGGACCCCGACGUGGGAAUCAACGGCAUUCAACAUUACGAGCUGCUGAAGGGGCAAAAUGUCUUCGGGCUGGACAUCAUCGAAACUCCCGAGGGCGACAAGUGGCCCCAGUUGAUCGUCCAGCAGAACUUGGACAGAGAGCAAAAGGACACCUACGUGAUGAAGAUCAAAGUGGAAGACGGUGGGGUUCCACCAAGGUCGAGCACGGCCAUCCUACAGAUCACCGUGACUGAUGUUAAUGACAAUCGCCCAGUUUUUAAGGAGAGUGAAAUUGAUGUCCACAUCCCUGAGAAUGCUCCUGUGGGCACCUCUGUGAUCCAGCUCCACGCCACUGAUGCUGACCUUGGCCCCAACGCUGUUGUCCGCUUCUUCUUCAGCAACCAGGUGUCUGUUUUGGCCAGGAGGCUUUUCACCAUUGACAGUGCCACGGGCCUGAUCACAGUAAGGCAGCCCCUGGACAGGGAAGAGUUCCCAGUUCACAAGCUGACUGUCCUGGCCAGUGAUGGCAGCUCAACCCCAUCCAGGGCAGUGGUUACUAUUAACAUCACGGACGUUAAUGAUAACGUGCCAACCAUCGAUACCAGGUACAUUAUUAACCCUGUCAACGGUACGGUCUUGCUGUCAGAAAAUGCACCACUCAAUACAAAAGUCGCACUGAUCACAGUCACAGACCAAGACUCGGAUUUAAAUGGGAAAUUAACCUGCUUCACUGACCACGAUGUCCCAUUUCGUUUGAAGCCUGUAUUUGAUAACCAGUUCUUAUUAGAAACUGCAGCCCUGCUGGACUAUGAGAGCACAAGAGAAUACACUAUUAAGAUAGUGGCAUCUGAUGCCGGCAAGCCACCGUUAAAUCAAUCAGCCACUGUGGUGAUUAAACUGAAGGACGAGAAUGAUAACGCUCCUGUUUUUAAUCAGCCGGUAAUUGGGCUGUCAAUCCCUGAAAAUAACACCCCCGGUACACAGUUAACAAAAAUCAGUGCCACUGAUGCGGACAGUGGGAAGAAUGCAGAGAUCACUUACCUCCUGGGUCCCAAUGCCCCAUCCAUCUUCAGUGUGGAUCGGCGAACUGGCAUCCUGUCAGCUAUGAGAAGAUUAGACAGGGAGAAGCAGGACCGCUAUGUGUUUACGGUGCUGGCCAGGGACGGAGGCAGGCCCUCUAUACAGAGCAAUGCUACUGUGAUUGUGACUGUGUUAGAUCAAAAUGACAACAGUCCUUCCUUCACACACAGUGAAUACAAUUUCUAUGUGCCUGAAAACCUGCCUAUGUAUGGAACAGUUGGACUUAUCACAGUUACCGAUGCAGACGCAGGAGGUAAUGCAGCUGUUAGUCUUUCCAUCCUGAAUGAUAAAGGCUACUUUAUAAUUGAUCCUACCAGUGGGGUUAUCAAACCCAAUAUUACAUUUGAUAGGGAGCAGCAAAGUUCUUACACAUUUCAAGUCAAAGCUGCUGAUGGAGGUAGGCCUCAACGAACUUCAGUGGCCAGAGUGACCAUAAAUGUUGUUGAUGUAAAUGAUAACAGCCCUGUGUUUGUAUAUCCACCCUCUAACUUUUCGUAUGAACUGGUAUCGACUUCUGCUAAUCCUGGCUCUGUAGUGGGCAAAGUUUUUGCUAUAGACAAUGAUACAGGGAUGAAUGCAGAACUUCGCUACAGUAUAGUCAGUGGGAAUUCCAGAGGGCUCUUUGCCAUCGAUCCAAUGACUGGCAAUAUUACUUUGCAAGAAAAAGUGACAACAGCAGACCAUGGUUUGUACAGGCUGGUAGUGAAAGUUAUUGAUUUGGGGCAGCCAGAAUCCUUGCAUGCCAUGGCACUUGUGCAUCUGUUUGUGAAUGAAACCGUCAAUAAUUUUACAUUUGUCCAAGACCUGGUGCGAAAGAGCAUGGAGACACCUUUGGAUAAGAAUGUUGGGGGCAGUCAGAUGACCCCUCAGACCAAUGAUUACAUUAAGAUUGUUAUCGCCAUCAUAGCUGGGACCAUGACCGUCAUUCUUGUUAUUUUUGUUACUGCUUUGGUUCGAUGCCGCCACACGCCAAGACACAAAGCUGUGCAAAAGGGGAAACAGAGUGGGGAGUGGGUUUCACCCAAUCAGGAAAACAGGCAGACUAAGAAAAAGAAGCGAAAGAAGAAGAGGUCUCCAAAGAACCUCCUUCUGAAUUUUGUUACAAUUGAGGAGUCCAAACCAGAUGACCCAGCCCAUGAGCACAUCAAUGGUACCUUAGAUCUUCCGGUGGAAUUGGAGGAUCAGACUAUGGGGAAGUAUAACUGGGCCACAACACCUACCACUUUCAAACCUGAUAGUCCAGAUCUUGGAAAACACUAUAAGUCGGCCUCGCCCCAGCCCUCCUUUCAAAUCAAACCUGAGACUCCAGUGCCAGUGAAGAAACACCACGUCAUCCAAGAGUUACCGAUGGAUAACACGUUUGUGGUUGGCUGCGACUCCCUGUCCAAGUGUUCUUCGAGCAGUUCUGACCCUUACAGCGUUUCAGAGUGCAGUUGUCAGGGUGGCUUCAAGACUGCAGGGCCAAUCCACACCAGACAGUCACAACGAAGGGUCACAUUCCACCUCCCUGAUGGUUCUCAGGAAAGCUGCAGCGACAGUGGGUUGGGAGACCAUGAACCCAACAGCAGUGCCAGCACUUCACACCCUCUGCCUCUCGGCUUCCCGCAAGAAGAGUACUACGAGCAAACAUCCCCUAACAGCAGGACUGAAGGUGAUGGCAACUCAGACCCUGAGUCCAGUGUCGAGGUGUCUCUUCAGAAAGUACUGGGUGAAGCCUCGGAGACUUGCACACAGGAGUGCCUUGUCCUCGGUCACUCCGACAACUGUUGGAUGCCCCCGUCGCUGACCCAGUACCAGCAACCUAACCCUCCACUGCCGUCCAUCGGAUUUCAGCAGGGCUGGGCUAGAGGCGGCAGGUCAGAAGGCCAGCACGCCAUCGGGAGGGCAGGCAGCAAGGACGACAUUGACAAAAGCCAAGGCAAUGGUAGGCAACAGCUGUACAAUGGUUCGGAGAGACACUGUACCACCGAGGACCCUGUGAAGGUCAUUCCUCUAGCGAACUUUACGCCAGGACAACAGGGCUCAGUGUCUCGCGCCAACUCUCCCUAUGUUCAUGAGCACCAGCUUUAGAAAACGCCUCGAGCAACCUUUGGCAAGUGAUGAAGCCAGGAUGUAUAUAAUCACUGCUUUCAGUCCAUGUGGAGCCCACACGCCAAAGUAAGAGAGCUGGCUUUGUGGUACAGAACAUUUACAAACAUGUGUGUGCUUUUAGUAAGGCAGGCCUUCAGCGCAAAUAGUGUAUGAAGCUGUGCACCAGCAGCUUUUCUGUGCCGUUUCAUUAUGAACACAGUGAAAAAUGUUGAAAAUAUUUUUAGAGUGCAUCUUCAUGGGUGGUUAUAUUGCACCAAAUCAAUGGCAAGCCAGAAUGAACUGUCUCUCUGGAGCUCAUGAUGUCAGAUAUAACCUGGACACCCCAGUGAGAAAACAAUACUGAAAACAAUGUUUUACUUUCAUCGAUCUUUUCAAAGCAGUUUUAUCUGCAAAAUUCUACCAUUACAAUUCCUUGACGUUUUGUAAUUUAAGGAUCCCACGCACUUGUGCAGCGAUGAUUUGCAUGAAUCAUCUUUUCUUCAGAAAAAAAAAAUCAUAAUGGCCUGUACUGUGGAAUUCUAUAAGCUCUGUCAGUAGCACUCUGGUCAAGGAAGAAAGAGUACUCCAGUGAAAGCUCUGAUGGUAUCAAGGUUUUCUUUCCCAUCCAAAUGAAGUCUCUGCUCAAAAGAUGAGUGUGACUUUGCAUUGAGGAGGCACUACAUUCAGGAACUCCUCUUAGCACGAAUGCCCAGCAGGUUUGAGGAACAAUCUGCCCUGGCCUUUAGAUAUCUGGUGUUCGACCCUCGAACAAUCAAGUCACCUGGAACUGUAAAAUUCUUUACAAAGUAGGUCAUUUUAAAAGGAUUGAAUAUUUACGUAAAGGAUUGCAAACUAUCGAAUGCCAUCAUGUGUGCAGCUCACAUAGAAAAUAAGUAGAAUAGUUUGAAGUUAAUGUAUCAGAAAUAUAACAUAUGUUUUAUACUUAAAGCUUAUAUACUUAUAGGUAAAUUAGAAGUGAUCUGAUAUUUCUAUAUUGUAUAUUUGAUUUAUGAACUAGCUUGGAGUACAGAUUGCUCAUAUAAAAAGUCUUGUGGGAUAUUCUGCUUAUAAUCCUAAAGGAGUUCAAAUCUUACCAGCUCCUACAAGAUAAAUUGUUCAAUUCUCUUGAGCAUUACUGUGUCUUAUAACUGAAUCUUCCAGGACAGUUGCAGCUGUUCUGCAACAUGUAACUGAUGAGAGAGGUGGGGAAAGUUUGACACUGACCUUCAAGUAGUACCUGCAGGUUACACUGAAGAUUUGAAGCACUACGUUCUCUACUCAAAAUUUCACAUUUUAAUACCAAAUGGCUUGCUACUAUCUUGUGAGGUCAAAAGAGGAGCCUCAUGUUUGUUAUUAUGUCAAAUCAGGUAACAUGCACAAUUUCCAGAUUCUCUGGAUAUAUGACAAUCGAAGAACGCAUUCAGCAAGGGAAAGGGGAAGAAGAUAAAGACUUUGUGGAGUUUUAUUUAGGAUUACUGUAUGUAGAGUUUAUCUAACUAGUCACGCAAAGCUGUAAAAAAACUACAUUAAAUCUGCUGUAUGAUUGCUUGUAAUAGAAUGGAAGUUGCUAUGUAUAUUAGAUGUGGGGAUUUUUUGCAUCAUAAAAUUGCGAUUAUGCGGAAAGCUUAUUGUGCUGUUUACGUGCCCAACAGGUAUAAGUAGCAUUGUAAUUUGUCAAACGUUGUCUCACGUAAUCUGUUCAAAUCACUGGCAGUUACAGUGUGCAAAAGAGUACCACCUAAUUAAACAGUUACUUUAAUCACUGAAUGAUGGAAAAGCAUUUAAAAAAAAGUAUUGUCUAAUAAUUUUAACUAUUUCUUGGUAGUGCUGGUAGAUUUUAGGAUAUGAGAAUAUUUGUUAUUAUUUGUGCAAAGCAUUGCAGUUAAAUUGCAUGUUAUCAAUGAACAAUGAACAACCCUUCUAGAACUGACUUUGCCAAUGAAUUACCUGUAGGUUGAUGAUUUGCUCGAAAUAAAAUUAUUUAGGACGGGGGGAAAAAUCAAUAGGAAUUGAUGUUGUUUACUGUGGUUUGUGUUGAUCAAUGGAUUUUUUACAGAAUCCCACAUCCGAAUUGGAAAAUGUUGGUAUUAUAUAGCAUCAGGUUAGAUGGUGAACUCUAGCCACGACAGAGAAUUUGUUGGCCUGAAGUAAUUGUUAUUGUUUUAAUACACCCCUAUAUUAUGCCUUGCUAUAUUUUAGUUUUAAUUCAUCUUCCCGUGACAGCGAUUGUAUGAUUUUGAAUGUACUCUCUGCAGAAGUGAGGA